AUGCCUCUAGCAAAAAUAUCACCAAAGCAAACGAUCUCUGAAGGUCAUAGCCCUUUGGAGCGGGUGACGAAAGCCUUAUUCUCACAGACCGUGGAGGCAAAGUUGUGGGCUGUGGCUGCACGCGCAUCAAGAAGUUCAAAUCCACCAACGCUGUAUCCCGAAUAUACCGACGAAAAAGGCAACUAUGUCUACCGAACCCUUGACUUUUGGACAUCGGGCUUUUUCCCGGGGUCGCUGUAUCUCUUACUAGAACGUACCAUUCGUCAUAGUGAGAACUCUUCUCUAUCGAAGCAUGUUGAGCCUGAUUCCAACAUCAAACCUCAUCGACUUCAACUGGAGUAUCUGUGCCGGUGGUGGGUUACCAACCUUCACCAGAACGCUCUGAAACGCGAUACGCACGACCUUGGGUUCAUGAUUGCACCAUGGGCCAUCAAAGCAUGGGAGCUGCAGCGCGACCCAGAUGCCUUCAACAGUCUAGUGAUGGCCGCGCAUUCCCUCGCCAGUCGGUUCAGCGCCAAGACAGGGUGUCUCCGCAGCUGGGACGUGUGCAUCACUAAGAGAUACAAAUACACAGACCCAUCCUUGGACUUUCUGGUCAUCAUCGAUAACAUGUUGAAUUUGGAUCUCAUUUUCUGGGCUGCAAAGCAUACCUCCAAUCCAGCAUUGUAUGAUAUCGCGCUGGCUCAUGCACAUGCGACGCGCAAACACCACAUUCGCGAAGAUCACAGCACUUUCCAUGUGGUGAAUCUUGAUCCAGGGACCGGCGACCGGAAAUCUCGAUUCACGAAUCAGGGCUAUAGUGACGAUAGCUGCUGGGCGCGAGGACAGGCGUGGGGUAUUCUUGGAUUCAUGCAGACGUUUUUGUGGACUCAAGAUUUGACAUUCUUCACCACAGCGAAAGACUUGGCGGAGUAUUUCAUCGCACACCUGCCACCUGAUGGGGUACCCUAUUGGGACUUGACUGCGCCGGUAACCGAAACCAGUCCACGAGAUACAUCUGCAGCGAUGAUCGCCGCUUGUGGCAUGUUGCUGCUCUAUAAAGAGUGUGAUGUUAUAAAUGAAGGUUCCCGCUACUUGGUUGAGGCGAUCAAGCUUGUCGAUAAUGUGGUAGGUAUGUUCAUGGACUCUGAUACCCUGCGCUUCGAGUCCACACACCCUGAACCGGACGUUCCGGUUUAUGUGGAGGGUUGUACCGAUCAAAACUCCGGAGACGGGUUCGACGUGCUAAGUGUUGGGCACCAUUCUGGUUCGGAGUUCAGAGCCUGCGAGACGAUUCUGCGCGGUGCCACUAUCAACAACUAUGAGUUUGCGCCUAGAAGAUGGUCAAAUCAUGGGUUGGUAUAUGCCGAUUAUUAUUUCCUGCUGUUUGGUAACAUGAUGCUCGACAUGGGUCUUACCAACCCCGCCCGGUCAUGA